AUGCUCCGCGAGCUGGUCCAACAGCGACUAAAUGUGGCCAUCCAGGAGAUUUUUCAACUAUUUGAACAGACUUUAGUCGAGUACAAAGAGGAACUGUGUCGAACUAAAGUGGAGAACGUGCGACAACGCGAGCUACUGGAAGCUGUUCUACAACCUCAAGUUCGGCUACACGCAAUAGACAUCCAGCAGGUGUCGUUGGACACCCAAAACCAUGAGGGUGGCCCAUCGGAACACUUCCAAUUUAAAGAGGAAACGUGGAGCGGUCGAUACGAGGAAUCCAACUGCGACGCCUUCACGCAAGUGGCAGGCGUGUGCGUCAAGAGCGAAGCCGCCGAAGCGUGUCCACAACACAACGAAGAAGCUGACGAAGAAAAACCCAAUACGGACGAAGUUGUGUCCCGCUCAUUCAACGGCGAGCCUGCUCAAGAACCUUCCAUCAAAACCUCCGAGGAAUUUGUGCCCCCUCAGCCAAAGAUGACCACCCCGGAUGAUCCCGAAACUCCCAACAUUAAAGAAGAACACGACGACGAUGGCAUGCUGGUCAAGGUCGCCGCCGCCGGCCCCAGCUGCGUGGGCGGCUUGUCCAACGACGUCACAUCCCAAUCGUCGGAUGAACCCCCCCAAAAAGCCCAAAAACUCUUCCCUUGCUCCGAAUGCGGCAAAGUUCUUGCCAACCGCGGGAUUCUCAAUCGCCACAUGAAGCUCCACACCGGCGAGAAACCCUUCUCCUGCCCGGCGUGCGUGAAAACCUUCAGCCGCCGCUACCGCCUUGUCGCCCACAUUCGCUGCUGCCACCCCCAAGGAAAACCAUUCCACUGCUCCCUCUGCACGCAAACCUUCCACCAGCGUCAAGACCUGCGCUCGCACAUGAAGUGCCACGUCGGCAAGAAACACUACUCCUGCCCUACGUGCAGCAGCACCUUUUCCAGUAAAAGUAAUUUACAAACACACAUCAGGUCCCACACCGGAGAGAGGCCCUUUGUCUGCCCCGUUUGUCCAAAACGCUUCACCCAAAAAGCCCACCUGGUGUUACACAUGCGAGUCCACACGGGCGAGAAGCCCUUUUCCUGCAUCGUGUGCGACAGGACGUUCGUCACAAAGUCACACCUGAAUUACCAUGUCUGCACGCAGACCGGGGACAAACCCUUCCCGCGUUCCGAGUGCAACCCCCGAUUCACCCGGAAGGAAAACACGCCGACGCACAUGGAAGAACACGCAGCCGAGGCCCCGUUCACCUGCGCGGCCUGCCCGGCCGCCUUCGACAAAAGGAAAGAACUGAUGGCGCACAAUCGCACGCACGCCCGCGAGAAAAAAUUCCCUUGUCCGUUGUGCGCGAGAAUGUUCACCAAAACGACCCACGUGACUGUGCACAUGAGGGUGCACACUGGGGAGAAACCGUUCACCUGCCAGUUCUGCAACAAGAGCUUCAUCCAAAAAUGCGACAUGAUGAGACACAGAAUGACGCACACCGGAGAGAGACCGUUCGGUUGCGACGUGUGCCAUAAAAAGUUCACGCGCAAGGUUCGCCUCACGAAACACAAGUGCCCCGGCGGAAACGACAUCGACAAUAUAAAACAAGAGUGA